AAUUGUGAUUUGUGCGUCGUGCAGUCAUGCCCAGUCAUGCCAAUAAGUACAUACACACACACACACAUAAAAAUCAUAAAAAUAUUCUUAAAAAAAUUCAAUAAAACACAAUAACAUUAUUUAAACAAAUUGUCAAAAAUAUUUAUCAAUCAAUUUUCUUCAAAAAAUCCAAAAAAUUAAUCGAAAAAUAAACGCCCAGUGUAAAAAAUUAAUUUAUUGUUAAAAAAAAAAGUAUUUUGGAGCAAUUGUAUAUCGUCAUCUUGAUAAUGACAAGUAACCUGUAUCAACAUAUUAUUGGAUACUUGAAUAAUACGUAAUUACUUGCCGGGUACAAACAGUGUUGUGUUUUUUUUUUUUCUAUUGUUUACGAGGGUGUGACAAGUGACAUAUAAUAUUUUUUUAAAAAUACAAAUAAAUAAUAACAACAAUAAUAUAAUAUUAACAAACAUCUUAUUGGAAUCAAGAUGAGUUCACAGUCAACAAUAAUACCUGGUGAACGGUCUCGGCCACCAUCAGAAUCACAAUCAUUAACUGGUCCUGAUACAUACAGAACAAUGACACCACCUGGUUCCAGUAAAUCAUCAAAUAAUCCAACUGGAGAAGAACGACGAUCACGUUCAGGAAAUCAACCAGCUCAAUUGUCAAAGCUACCAUCAUCAGAAUCACUACCUGGUAUCACUAAUAUCAAUUCAGGUGCUCCUCCGCUUUCUCCAGGAUUACCAACAAUGGGUGGAAGUAGUAUGAGAAUGGACAGUUCACUUGAUCGUUCAAUGGACUCUAACAAGCUGACAAGAAAAGAAUCAUACAAAGCUCAAAGAAAAAAUUAUAGAAUGGAAAAAAAACGUGUAGCUAAUGAAUUAUUAAGCUCUUUAAAAGAUCCAACAGUUGUUGUUAUGAGUGAUUGGCUUAAAGUCAGAGGAACUCUUAAAAGUUGGACAAAAUUAUGGUGUAUAUUAAAACCUGGUCUACUUUUACUAUAUAAAAAUCCAAAAAUUAAAAGUAAUAAUUGGAUUGCAACUGUUCUUUUAAAUACUUGUCAAGUUAUUGAACGUCCAAGUAAAAAAGAUGGUUUUUGUUUUAAAUUAUUUCAUCCUCUUGAUCAAUCAAUUUGGGCACCAAAGGGUCCUGAAAAAGAAUCAAGUGGUGCAUUUGCACAAUUAUUACCAAAAAAUUAUCUUAUAUUUCGUGCACCAUCACAAGCUGCUGGUAAAUGUUGGCUUGAUGCAUUGGAACUUUCAUUACGUUGUUCUUCACUUAUUGUAAGAUCGACAAGUAUUGUACCACGUUCACCUCAGCAUGAUACAAGAACAACACAUGAAACACAAUGGAGUGAUGCUGACUAUGAAAAACAUUUUAAUGAUCAAGAUCUGGACGACAUUAGCCAACCGGAAAAUGGUGUUGUUGCUGAUGCUGAAAUUUCAGCAAGUGAUAGUGAAUCAGAAGGUUCAAUAAAAGAUGAUGAAGAUAAUAUAAAUGAAACACCAUAUGUUGCAGAUGAAAAUGAAAUUCUUGGAACAGCAGGUGAAGUAGUUGCAGAAUUACAAGAUGAUCAAAAAUCAUUAAUUUGGUUUCUUGUUAAACAAGUUGGUGCAUCUGGAAUGGAUUUAUCAAAAGUUGUACUUCCAACAUUUAUCCUUGAAAAUCGUUCAUUUUUAGAAAAAAUUGCUGAUCUUGCAUAUCAUGCUGAUCUUUUAUCUCAAGCUGUACUUGAAGAUGAUGCAUUUACACGUAUGAAAGGUGUUGUUAAAUUUUAUUUAUCUGGAUUUUAUAAAAAACCUCAAGGUUUAAAAAAACCAUAUAAUCCAUUACUUGGUGAAACUUAUCGUUGUUAUUGGCAACAUCCAAAUGGUUCACGUACAUUUUAUUUAGCUGAACAGAUUUCUCAUCAUCCACCAAUAUCAAGUUUUUAUGUGACAAAUCGUCAAGAUGGUUUUACAAUAAGUUCAACAAUAAUUGCUAAAUCAAAAUUUUAUGGUAAUUCAACAUCAGCAAUACUUGAUGGUGUUGCUGUUUUAACAAUGUUACCACGUGGUGAAGAUUAUUCAAUGACAAUGCCUUAUGCACAUUGCAAGGGUAUUGUUAUGGGUAAUUUGUCAAUGGAACUUGGUGGUAAAGUUAAUAUUAUUUGUGAAAAAACAGGAUAUUAUACUGAGCUUGAAUUUAAACUCAAGCCAUUUUUGGGUGGUUCAGAACAAAUGAAUCAAGUCGUUGGAAGAAUACGUCUUGGUAAAGAAACUUUAGCAUCAAUAUCUGGUUAUUGGGAUGGACAAAUAAAUAUAACUGACAAAAGAACUGGACAAGAAUCAUUAUUUUUUAAUCCAACACCUGAUGUACGAAAAAAUCGUUUAAAAAAAUAUACAGUACCAUUAGAAAAACAAAAUGAUUUUGAGAGUCAAAAAUUAUGGCAAGCAGUUACAAUUGCAAUUAAUAAUGAAGAUCAAAUUGCUGCAACUGAAGCUAAAACAAUUCUUGAAGAGGCACAACGUGAAAGAGCUAAAGAUCGUAAAUUAAUUGGUCAAGAAUGGAUACCAAAAUAUUUUAUACAGGAUAUUAUAACUGGUAAUUGGAUAUAUAGAAAUGCUGAUAUAAGACCAUGGGAUCCAAGAAAUGAUGUUGUUCAAUAUGAAAAUGAUUAUAUUGUUCGUACAAAAACACGUCACAAGACACCAAUAAUGCGAACAGGAAGUAUUGUUGCGGCUGAUCCACAAGCACAGUAUCAUGAAUUUUGGGAAAAACACGCAGAAUCAAGGUCAUCAUUGUCAGUAUUAAAAUCAUCGAAACGACAGCUGUCAAGUAAUUUACCAUUGACUGAAACUGGACAAGAUUCUGGAAGUUCAUCAGCUGAAGCACACUCGGAUUCAAGUCAAUCUGUUGGAAAAAGAAGACGUUCACAAUCAAGGCUGGUUAAUUCAAUAAAAGAAAUUGAAAAUCAAAUAUUAGAACAAAAUGAAAAAUUAGAUCGUAUACAAAGAAUGUUAGAGCAACUUGGAAUGCGACAACGAACACAACGUGAACAAAAUUAUAAUACAAAUAUGAUGAAAAAUUUUGUUGAUACUAUUAUUGUUAUUGUUGUUGUUUUUUUUGUGCAAUAUAUUAUGAAAAUUUGGGCACGUAAUAAUAUUGAUAGUGUCAAAGAAACAUGAUCAUCAGGAAAAUAAUCAAUAUAUUGGUAAUAAUUAAUAGGUUAAUUUAAAAGGAAAACAAAAAUAGGUCGAGUGGAGAAAAUAAUCCAUUCCGUUUUUAUUAUUUUUAAUGUUAUUUUAUUUGUAAGUUUUUAUUGUUUUUUUUUUUUUUCGUUUUCUUUUUUUGUAUCACGUAAUUAU